GAAAAUGAAGAUUCAAGUAUAGAGAUUCGAACAAAUUGACCCAUUGGUUUCUUCGUUCUUGUACAACCAACCAAUUAGGUCUCUUCUCAGAUCACUGCGGCGGCGGCUGAACCAGGGGAAUCUUCUCCUUUUCCCCACUGUCUCUCUUUCUCCCAGGUUUCCACUUUGUUAAGGGAGGAGGAGGAGGAGGAGGAGACGACAGAAAGGAAACAUGGUCAUGUGGGUGUUCGGUUACGGGUCUUUGAUAUGGAAGGCCGGUUUCAACUACGAUGAUCGGGUUUUUGGCUGCAUCAAAUCCUAUCGACGCGUCUUCUACCAAGGUAGUACUGAUCACAGAGGAACUCCAGAAUACCCUGGAAGAACAGUUACUUUAGAGUCUGCAGAUGGAGAUGUUUGCUGGGGUGUUGCCUAUAAGAUCUUAAAGAAGGAAGAUCAAGAAGUUGCUCUAACUUACCUAGGAGUAAGGGAGAAACAAUAUGACCAGAAGGCUUACGUUGAUUUCUUCCUAGACGAUAAUGAUUCAAAACCAGCUAUAUCUGAUGUCAUGGUAUUUAUAGCGUCUCCAGACAAGAAGCAUAAUCCGAACUACUUGGGCCCUGCACCCGUUGAAGAAAUUGCCAAGCAAAUUGCUAGCUCGGAAGGGCCAUCGGGUCCCAACAAAGAUUACCUAUUUCACCUGGAAGAAUCCCUGAAGAGCUAUGGAUGUGAGGACAAACAUGUAAUGGAGCUGGCUGAUGAAGUGAGACGCCUCCUAUCCGAAAAGCUGUAAGAAUUGCAUGAACUGGAAAUGGAAAUGGAAAAGAUUUAAUAUUGAGUGUGGUAUUUAAAUGCAAACAACCCGAUCAAAUAUAGGUGCAAUGUUGGCUUUCGGGUACCGAUUAUAUGUAGAUGAAUUGUAACAUUUAUAUUCAGUUAUAUUUUAAUGAACAUGUUGCAAUGCAUAGUUUAAGCCAAUAAGCAAUCUAGGGUUAUCUUAUU